CUGCACGGAUAGCUGGAGUAUGAUAAGAAUGUCUUUUUCUGCACGGUCUCGUAUCUCUAGCGCACAGUAACGGAAGCGCGCCGGUUACAGUCCUGGAACAGCACGGUCACCAGGAAAAGAGAAGUUAUAUGAAAGUGGUUCAUUAUGGCAGAAGAUAUGAAAACUCCCUUGCUCUCAGACUCUGAAGGCCCUGCUGAUGCCCUGCCUGUAUGUCUAACCAGCCCUACAGUGGCCAUUCUCGGUUCUGGAGAUUUCUCCCGCGCACUGGCUCUACGGCUGGUAGCUUCUGGUGUGCGAGUGGUGGUUGGGAGCCGCUGUGUGAAUCGCAUCCCAUCAGGACUGUUCCCUGACGCAGUGGAGUUGAGGAACCAGGAGGGAGCCGUAUCACAAGCAGUGUGCCUAGUGUUUAUGGCAUUGUUCCCUGAGCAUUAUUGCUCUUUGCUGGGGUUACAGUCUGCACUGGCGGGGAAGGUGCUUGUGGAUGUAAGUAACGCAGCAGAGAUGAAAAUCCACGGACCGUCCAAUGCAGAACGACUGGCUGAGCUGUUUCCAGACAGUCUAGUGGUCAAAGGAUUUAACACUGUUUCAACCUGGGAGUUGCAGACUGGGGCUCAUGAUGGAAGCAGAAAGGUCCUCAUCUGCAGUAACAGUACAGAAGGGAAGAAGAAAGUUGUACAGUUGGCUCGGCAGAUGGGCUUCCACCCCGUGGAUAUGGGUGGCUUGUCUGCUGCUCGAGAAAUCGAAGUAGUCCCAUUGAGCCUAUUCCCAUCUUGGAGUGGCCCAGUUGUUGUCACCGUCCUUCUUUUUUUCUUUUUCUAUGGCUAUGGUUUCUUGCGAAUUUUGCUGCCUUAUCUUGCACAAGGACACAAUGCUUUUUACCGUCUUGCCCUUGACCUUGUGAAUGAGAGCCUGCCAGCAGUAGCCUUGGUGACUCUGGCACUCGUGUACUUCCCAGGGUUGUUUGCUGCGUGGUUGCAGCUUUGGAGGGGCACCAAAUACCGGCGUUUCCCAUCCUGGUUAGACAACUGCUUGCAGAGGAGAAAACAACUGGGCCUGUUGAGUUUUUUUUGUGCAGUGUUGCAUGGAGUCUACAGCCUUUGCCUGCCACUGCGCAGAAUUACAUCGCACAGGAUUGUCAAUUCUGCCUACAGACAGGUUAAAGCAGGUACAGAGGAGCCCUGGGAUGAGCUGGGUGUUUGGCGAUCUGAGCUGUACCUUUCUUGUGGAGUGUUGGGUCUUGGUGUUCUUUCUUUACUGGCCAUCACAUCCUUACCCUCGGUGGGCAACACUCUCAACUGGAGAGAGUUUACGUUUGUACAGUCUGGUUUGGGCUACAUCGCUCUGACUCUGUCCAUCAUGCACACACUCUUCUUUGGCUGGGAUUUUACCUUCCACAUUGAGGCAUAUCCAUUCUACAUGCCGCCAGGCUACUUAUUGGCUGUAGCUCUACCCUGCGUUGUUCUGCUGUGCCGUUGUUUCCUCCUUCUGCCAUGCAUCUUCACCAGACUGACGAGAAUCCGCCGGGGAUGGGAGAGUAAACGCAACUGUCCAGUCCUACAUCACCACCAUGUGGUGGCUAAUGGGAUGCCAUAGAAACUUGGGAAAGAAUGUAAGAACGCCUACAUUUAAAAACUUGGUGUAACAAGGUUUGUAAAGUAUUUUGAGACUGCUCAAAGUCUGACUAGAUUAAGUCAGCCUUAUCUAAAAUGGGAAUACUAAUGAUAUGAUGAGAUAGUGGCAAAACUGCCAUCUCUGUAAGGGAGAAAAUAAUAAGACAGAUAUGAUAAGGUAAAUUUUACAGUCAGGUUGAGUAUUCUGAACUGAUGUUAGUGUUAUUAGGUGCAGCAUGUACCAGCUGUGAUCUUCUCUCAGAGGCACACCUAUAGAGCACUGCAUACAUGUACAAAGUGCAUAAAGAGGUCUCUGUUCACUAGAAUAUAAAAGCCAUCAUUUUUUAAUUGUUCUUAUAUUUGAGCAUUACACCUAUGCAUAUGCUCACACUCAGGUCUUUAUUACAUAACUCUUAGGAAAAAGAGUGAAAGACUUGAACUGAGGUAUUAAAGUCAACUCCUGACUCAUCUUUUUUAUGAACAAAAAUGACUUAAACAUGUGCCUUGUAUUAUUACUAGAGUAUGUACCUCAGAUGAUUGUCUUCAAGAACAGUUACUGAGUAAACUCGUGUAAAUUCACAAACUCCAUAUGUAACAGGGAGGCCAGCGUUAUACAGAGUACUAAUAAUGACCAAAACUGCAUUAUAUUUGUUUGAAAACUGUUAUAAACAAAGCAUGUGUUUUUUUUUUUUUUUUUUUUGUAAUUAUGGAAAAAGUUUAAUAGAAACUUCUGGAUAUUUGCAAAGAUGUACGAUACGGACCAGUUUUUAUUUUUUGUUUCACGUCUUACUGAUUGGCUAUCGUUACUGUACUGCAAAGUUUUGAACUAAACUUUCAAUCAAUUAAUCGAUAUUGUCGGUGUUGUUAAAGCAUGAUUUAGACAUUCAACUUUAUUUAACAAAACGGCGAUCACUUUCCAAGACGUCACUGAAAUAAAACAAGAUAUCUGGUAUCUGAUUUGUUGUAAAUAAAAUAAAAGUACAUAAAA